UGGCUCCGAGUUUAAUGAAAGGCGCAGAUAUUCUGGACGGACUGGUUUCUGUGCUUCCUGGAUUAUACCGGAAGUAGCAGCGCGUGGCGAUUGUGAUCGAGGCUCGCGUCCGCUUCAGAGGCGCAUGGACGCCCACAGCUCAGCCUCCAUCCUGCAGGGCUGACGGAGCAGCAGCAGCAGCAUGAUGCCGUCUGAGGUGGAGUACAGCCCGGUGGGAGAGGGGCUGGGCAUGCGGGACUUCUGGCUCUAUGCGUGGCUCCGCAGAGCGGCUCUGAUCUUGGCUCAUCUCAGCGGCCUGGGCCUCAGCCUCAGCAUCUCGGUUCUGUCCAGACCAGGAACCAGUGAGUGUAGCUGGCACUCGUACUGCUCCUCUCUGCAGUACUGCUUGUGUAUGACUGAAGGGAUCCUGCUCUUCUCCGCUGAGGGAACCAUCUUCUGCCUGAAGUCCCGGAAGAGUAAAGUCCGUUUCCACUGGUUGUGUCAGGCGCUGGCCCUGUUAGCCGCCGCCGUCGGCCUGGGCUUCAUAGUGGCCAGUAAGAACGUCUCUGAGCUGCCCCACCUGGUGUCGUGGCACAGCCUGCUGGGGUCCUGCACGCUGGCUGCCUCCCUGCUUCAAGCAGCCUGCGGCGUCUGCCUGAUCUUCCACAAGCAGCUGCGGCUCUCCGCCUCCCUGGCCAGACUCAAGCUGUACCACGCCACCUGCGGCCUGCUGGUCUACCUGCUGGCCACUGUGACGGUCAUGUUGGCCAUGUUCUCAGACUGGUUCCAGGCCACGGUGAGGGGGGGAGUGUGGUGGGUUCUGGUCAUGCUGCCGCUCAUCCCUGCUCUGGUGGCGAUGAACCAGAUCACCAACGCCUACCUGCCUCGCAAGAAGCUGAGCAGCUAGCCUCGGCCUGGUCAACAUUCACUGUCCAUCAGACGACUCAACUACCUGAAGAGUUUUUAAUUUAAACGUAAAACUUUGUUUCUAAAGCUUUGAUGAGAACAGUUUCUUACUUCUUUCCGUCCUGUUUUACCAAGUCCACACAGACGCCAACUAGUGGUGAACGGGGCAAAUGCAGUACGGAGCAUCAGAUGGAGACCUGAAUGUGUGCAGCAACCUUAAAUAGUGGAAGAUGAAGCUAAAAGUAUUUCCUCUCUAUGAGGAUCAGCUGCUGCAAUAAAGAUGCUGAGGAUGACUUUAAACCUGUUAGGGGCAUUCUUUAGAUUAACUGGCCUAUUUAAUAUAAAACAGGUGCUGUGCUGUGGGGGGAAAAAAAACGCUUUUGGAUUCGAUGCCUGGUGGUGGAACAAGAGAUUCAAGUAAAUAAAUUAACAAACUGAUGAGCAGCAGCUGCAGAGGAUCCAAGAGAGGAUUUCCUCCAGAAUCAAAGCUGGUGGAG